CAUCAUUUCUACGUUGCACAUCGCAUCACCCAUCACAUCUUCUUGACAAGCACCGUGGGGACAAGCCAGCAAGCGUGUGCUAUCGAGAACGAAAAACUCGUCGAUCGAAAAUAUCCGACGAAACGCCGAACGACCUACACACCUUUCAAGAGUAUUUUGUUGUGGACGACAGUAAGCGAAAAGACCCGCCUAUAAAAUAAACAGACAGAUGGCGACCGGUCAGCUCCAAGCCCUCCUCGACUCCUUCGAGGCCCGCCUUUCGACGGUGGAGAAGGCCGUGCUCCCGGGAGGAGCAGCAGCGGCGGCAGCGCCCAUGGCGUCCGGCUCGCGAGGCCUUCCCGCGGCUACUGGGGGUGGUGACGAGGUUUCCGCCUCUGUCGCCGCCUUUGACGAGUACUGCUCCAAGUGCCUGGAGCCCUUCAUGGCUGCCUGUGGGACUCUCGGGGGCGGGGCUGCCGCAGGGGGAGCCGUGAUCAAGAAGGCCUGGGCGGCGCAGCGGGACUUUUUGGUGAUGGCCUCCAAGUGCAAGAAGCCGGACCAGACCGUUAUGGGGUCUAAGAUGGCGCCGCUUCAAGCGUGCCUCAAGGAGGCCGGAGACUGCCGGACCCGCGAUGACUUCGAGAACCACACCAAGGCCAUCGGGGAAGCCAUGGGAUGCGUCUCUUGGGUGAUGAUGUACCCCCCGGCCGGUCUGCCGAAGGACAUGGUAGAGCCCACCAUCGGAGGUUCGGACUACUGGGCCAACAAGGUUCGGAUGCAGUACCGCAAGACUAACCCUGAACAGGUGGCGUUCUGCGACACCCUCAAGGCGCUGCUGACGGGGCUGCUAGCCUACGUGCAGGCCAACCACAAGACCGGACUGGAGUGGAACCCCAAGGGCGGCGACUGCGCGGCCUUCUCCGGCGCCGGAAGCGCGCCCCCGGCACCACCUGCGGCAGCUGCCAGGGCCGCCGCUCCUGCGCGACCUGCCAUGGGUGGCGGCAGCAACGCACUUUUCGGCGAGCUGAGCAAGGGCCUGGCGGUCACCUCUGGACUCAAGAAGGUUACGAAGGACCAGCAGACGUGGCGGAAGGAGUUCAAGGCGGAUGAGGCGGCACCGACGCCUGCCGCAAAGGCCGCACCGAAGCCCCUUGCUUCCGCCAAGGCCGGGCCCAAGGGUACUCCUAAGCUGGAGUUCAUGCAGCAGGGCAUGAAGUGGAUUGUGGAGAACCAGGGGUCCAGCAAUGGAGUGGUAACGGUAGAGGUCACCGAUAAGAAACACCAGGUGUACAUCUACGGGUGCGUGGACGCCACGAUCGACAUCAAGGGCAAGUGCAAGAUGGUCGCCAUCGACGGCUGCAAGAAAACCAAGGUUCUGUUGGACGACGCUAUCUCUUCGGUGGAGCUGGUGAACUGCCAACGUAUCCAGGUGCAGGUCCGCGGAUCGGUCCCUUCGGUGGCUGUGGACAAGACGGACGGGUUCCUCUGCUACCUCGGCAAGGACGGCCUGAAGACCAACUUCGUUACCUCCAAGUCUUCGGAGAUGAAUGUGGCCUUCCCCAAGCCGGACUCUGACGAACAGUUGGAGAUGCCUAUCCCGGAGCAAUUCGUACACACCGUCUUGUUUGACCCCAAGCCGCGGAUCACCUCCGAUGUUUCGGAUCUCUACUCGCACUAAGCACUAGUCUAGAUGCCCUGGAAUCGCCGCCGUCUCCCACAGUAGAUUUGUGAUAACUUCCGCUCUGGUACGGGGAUUGAAUUGGUGGGAGGCAUGCGGGGGGCGGUGUUGAUUUGGAGAUCCGCGUUGUGUUGAUGUCGUCGAGCUUGAGUGUGGUUCAUACUUUUGACUCAUUUGUUGGGGUGGCGGGAUGGCGUGUUUGACGCUGCAGCAUCCGGGUUGGUUCGGCGUGCUACGGUGCGUCGCCUUCUGACAAUGCCCCCAUCCCCCUAUGUUGAUUUGUCGUCGAGAUAUCCGUACGCUAGAGAAGCUCGCCAUGUGUAUCCAGGGUCGCCGCCAAUGGCAAACUGGUAUAGAUACACAUGUUCUUAGAAUGCAAUACAAGUUCGUUUGAACAAGACGUUAAGGUUUUUUUUGGGGGGGGGGGGUCAAUGAAGCUGGUAUGUGCCCGACGAGUCGACCGCCGCUGUUCAGAGGAACCGGCGCCAUAAUUCAACCACAAGAAUUUUGUGGUGACUCAGUCUGCGCCCAGCAACUUUUACCGGCGCUGCACGGCCACCGGCGGUAUUCAACCGGCAGUAUUGAGCCCCUACCUACUGUACCUUUGCGGUGAUGGCUGCUGCGCACGGGCUUACAGCGGCUCGUGUUGUGACGCAUACGUACUCCCAGCUGCCGGUGAAGAGCUACUCGUUUGGAUCGUAGUAUCGUAGGAGAUACCCCGUCGUCAAACGCAUUGGACAUCAUCAGGACAACGA